AUUGACUUUUUAUGAGAGCGAAGUCACAAGACCAGCUGUCAGUUUUAUUAAAAUUAUUUCAACAUCUGGAGCUAUUAAACAAAAAUUAUGUCUGCUGCAAAUGUAAAAAAUAUGAUUCCUCAGCUUCCUGAAGAAAACAUUGAUAUGAUUGCUGCAACUAGUGUGUUGCAACAACAGGCAGGGGAUGUUCGUCAAAAUAAACCAAAUUGGCAAACUUAUGCUCAAUCAAAAAUUAUUUCUAAUGAUGAAUUCCAAUGUGUUACCUCAUUAGAUGGGCCAGAACGUGCUGAUUAUUUGCAAAAACAACCUAGUCAAACAGCCAAAACAUUAUUGAAUAUGAUAUCUCAUAUUACAAAAGACCAAACCAUUCAAUACUUAUUGGUCAUGAUUGAUGACAUUUUGCAAGAAGAUCGCACAAGAGUAAAUAUCUUUCAUGAUUAUUCAGCUAAACGUAAACAAGAAGUAUGGGGUGCAUUUUUGAAUUUAUUAAAUCGCCAAGAUCCUUUCAUUGUUAACAUGUCGUCCAGAAUUAUAGCAAAAUUAGCCUGUUGGGGAAAAGUUAUGAUGCCGAAAUCUGAUUUGAAUUUCUAUUUGCAAUUUCUAAAAGAUCAGCUCGUUGAACAUGCGACUGAAUAUGUAAAAGAAAUGGCAGAAAUAUCUAAGCGUAUAACAACUGUAGUCCAUUUACAUGGCCAUCAUUCACAUGGUCAUGGACAUCACCAUGGACAUCAUCACGAUUCAAAAUAUCACUUUCAACAUCAUGGGAAUGGUCAUCAAAAUCAAUCAGUACAUGAAACAUAUAAAGAAAUUCCAGAAGGAAAUACUUCAGUACCUGGCACACCAACAAUUUCUGGUGAUGGAAAACUUCAAGUAAUACCGAGUAACGAAUAUAUACAAUCAGUUGGUCGUUGCCUUCAAAUGAUGUUACGUGUUGACGAAUAUCGAUUUGCUUUCGUCUCCGUUGAUGGUAUAAGUACAAUUAUAAGUAUACUUUCAUCAAGAGUAAACUUCCAAGUUCAGUAUCAGCUUGUUUUCUGCUUAUGGGUUUUAACAUUUAAUCCAUUAUUAGCAGAAAAGAUGAAUAAAUUUAAUGUUAUUCCAAUAUUGGCCGAUAUUUUAAAUGACUGUGCCAAAGAAAAGGUCACAAGAAUAAUUUUGGCAGUAUUUCGCAAUUUAAUUGAAAAACCAGAAGAACCGCAAGUAGCUAAAGAGCAUUGUAUUGCAAUGGUACAGUCAAAAGUACUAAAACAAAUUUCGAUUCUUCAACAACGUCGUUUUGACGACGAAGAUAUCAUUGCUGAUAUUGAAUUUUUGAGUGAAAAAUUACAAAAUUCGGUUCAAGAUCUAUCAUCAUUCGAUGAAUAUGCAACUGAAGUUAAAAGUGGUCGUUUGGAAUGGUCUCCUGUACAUAAAUCAGCAAAAUUCUGGCGUGAAAAUGCUCAACGUUUGAAUGAGAAAAAUUAUGAGUUAUUAAGAAUUUUAGUUCAUUUGUUAGAGACAUCAAGAGAUCCACUAGUUUUAUCUGUUGCCAGUUACGAUAUUGGGGAAUACGUUAGACAUUAUCCAAGAGGAAAGCAUGUAAUCGAACAGCUUGGUGGAAAACAAUUGGUAAUGCAGUUAUUAAGUCAUGAAGAUCCGAAUGUGCGUUAUGAAGCUUUGUUAGCUGUUCAAAAGUUAAUGGUCCAUAAUUGGGAGUACCUCGGUAAACAACUGGAAAAAGAUUCAGAAAAACCGAAUCAAAAACCGAUUAGUGGAAAAGCCUAAUUUGAGGACAUAGAUACUCUGGCUGAUGUAAAAAAAAAUAAACUUUCUGAUCAAAUUUACAUUUAAAGUUUAAAAAUAUUUGGCUAAAUAAUGAUUCAUGUUGAUUUAAUGUAACAUUGUAACAAUAAAAUUGGUAUUAUUUGUAAAAAUCACGCAUUCCAAAAUUUUGUUCAUAAUAAAUUUUCAAAAUCAGCAAAAAAUCAGAUAAAUUAAGCAUAUAAAUCAUAAAAUUAUAAUAUAAAAUAUGAAAUUAUUCAGAAAGUUUUAUUUUUAAUAUUUCAAUAAUUAAAUUUGUAUCUAGUAAAUUGUAACAUGUGUUAAAUUGAAAAAUUUAGAUCUAAAUACGACUUAUUAAAAACUGUUUAUAAUUCUUAAAUAAUUUAUGUGUUAUUAUUAUUCGUUUAAAAGAAAAUAAAAAGUAUUUUUAUAUUCGAGAUAUGAAAAAAAGUUAACUAAUGUCAGUAUCUCUUUGAUGUAAAUAAAAGUUUACCAUAUAUCUAAUGUAAUAUACAAAUUUCAUCGGAAAAUUUUAAAAUUUGAUUUGCAAUUAAAAAGAUUUUUUAAAAGCU